CUUUACUCACUCCCCGUCCUCUUUCUAACUCAAGAAAUAUAGACAACAACAAACUCCUUUGCUUCUGCUUUAGCCUUCUACUCUUUUUCCUUCCAAGCCCUCAUUUCUAGCUUUUUUUUCAUUUUCACACAGACACGUACAGAAUCCAUGGAGAAAACAGACAGAGAAACUCGUGAUUUCAUGAACGUGGAGUCCUUCUCUCAGUUACCCUUUAUUCGACCAGCACCAGCUAAAGAAAAGGCCAUUAGGCUUUUUGGCAAAGAAUUUGGUGCGGCUGGUGAUUCCAUGGCUGCAACAGAAGAGUCAGAAUCCAUUGAAACAAACCCUAGCCAAGACGAAAUCAAAGACCAUAUUAGCAACAACAGUGAGAGCAGUCGAAAAUUCGAGUGCCAUUAUUGUUGCAGGAAUUUUCCGACUUCACAAGCACUAGGAGGACAUCAAAAUGCUCAUAAGAGAGAACGCCAGCAUGCUAAAAGAGCACAUCUUCAAUCUGCAAUGGUACAUGGUGCUUUAACAGAGGCAAAUAUUUAUGGAAUAAUGAAUUACCAUCGUCUUGGUAGUGCACCAACAGCAGCUUAUCAUCAUCACUACACAACCAACAAUAUUAACAGUGCUACUAGGUUUUAUGGAAGCCACCACCAUGUUAAUACUACUGUUACUACCCCUUAUAAUUCUCAUCAAACUCCUAUAAAUGGAAAUCCUUUAGCUUUAUGGAGGAUUCCAGCAGCAACUAGUGUUCAUCAUACUUCUUCGUCUUCGCCUAAUUUUGGCCGUGAACGAUCGAUGAAUAUGCCAUUGCCAGUGUUUGCUGCUAAUAAUGAGGAUUUCAAGUCUUCUUCAAUCAUCAACAGCUCAAGUUCUCAAAGAGGGUUCGGAUAUGAAACAAAGGCAGGAGUUAAAGAUCAUGUGAGUUUAGAUCUACACUUGUGAAUUACUAGUACUCUAGUCUAAAGCUAAUUAAAAUUCAUUAAUCUUGAGGACCAAAGUUUCUGUUUUUCUCCAUCAGUUCAUGCAGGAAAUUUAAAGCUUUUGAUAUUCAUGACAGACAAUUUUAAGAAUUACCACUGCUUUAAUUAGCCUGCCUCCUUGAAUUUUCAGAAAGAAGAAGACGUUAUGUAAAUGAAAUGAUUUUAGUAUAUGCAAUUCUCUCUUUACUCUUC